CUCAUCCCGAGAAGUCCAUGAGUCUGUCGUUCGUUAGCAGCCUUCAUGAGAAGCACACCAGAUGCUUUGACAUUCCCUCCCACCCUUUCUACUUAAGUUAUUGCUUUAUCCUACAUGAAGGCGGAAGCCCAAUUUUCCACAAAUCUCUGUCUGAGUCUUAAAACUGCCAUUCAGCAAACUAUUUGGAGCUUUUUUGGGAAUAAGCAAUUUUGGAGUAGCUUUUAUUGCAGCUGGCUUCCUGCAGCAUUAUUUUGGGAUUAUUUUGAGAAAGUUUGGAAGAGAAGGAAAAUAACUUAAUCUGCUUUUUUUCCCCCCAAGGUAAAUGGGUGAGUAUUUUAGCCAGAUUAGAGGCUGCCUUUUCCCCGCAUGAUCAAUCUUUGACCCAGUUGUGGAAUUGUAAUCUAUUUCCAAGACUUUGUAAUUGAUUUGCAGACAUUGACAAAUAUUUGGUUUUCGGUCUGAGCUUCUGAUUUAUCUUUCACCAAAGUCACUGCAAGAGUGACUGCCUGAUCUUGUGCAUUCCUGCCAAUGUGCUUUAGUCUUUGAUCAUGGGGAGACAACUGCUGUUUUAUAUUCUUCUGGCAACAAUUCCUGUGGUUGGAUCAUAUGAUUUUCUAAUAAAUAAUAUCAGGAACAUCAAGAAGAGAAAUGUUGCAGAUACUAACACAGAUGGCAUCGAUAUCCAUAGCAUGAGCAUUGAUUCCCAUAUUACCUCUCGAUUUGCUCAUAAUGUCAUCACCAGUCGAGCCAUCAACCUUGGCAAUGCAUCUAAGGAAGCCUUCUUUGAUGUGGACCUCCCAAAGACAGCAUUCAUCACAAACUUCACCAUGACAAUUGAUGGUGUGGCAUAUCCAGGAACUAUAAAGGAAAAAGAAGCUGCUAAAAAACAGUAUCAACAAGCAGUUUCAAAAGGACAGACAGCUGGUCUAGUAAGGGCUUCUGGGAGGAAGACAGAAAAAUUCACUGUUUCAGUCAAUAUUGCAGCAUCCAGUGAAGUGGUUUUUGAGUUGGCCUUUGAGGAACUGCUGAAGCGAAGAUUUGGCUAUUAUGAGAUGUUCAUAAAAGUCAACCCAAAGCAGCUUGUCAAGAACUUUGAGAUUGAGGUCAACAUCUUUGAACUCCAGGGCAUCAGUUAUCUGGAAGCUGAAGGCUCAUUCAUCACCAAUGACUUGUUACCAGUCUUACAGAAGUCUUUUUCAGGAAAAGAGGGCAAAGUUUCUUUCAAGCCAACUCUGGAUCAACAACGGACCUGUGUAGACUGUCUCACAACACUACUGAAUGGAGAUUUUAUUGUGAAGUAUGAUGUGAACAGAGAAGCUACAAGCGACCUACAGAUCGUCAAUGGAUACUUUGUACACUUUUUUGCACCAAAAAAUAUUUUACGUUUGCCUAAGAAUGUUGUUUUUAUCAUUGAUGUCAGCAUCUCCAUGAGGGGACGUAAAUUAGAACAGACAAGAGAAGCACUGCUAAAAAUAUUAGAAGAUAUAAAAGAAGAGGACUACAUAAAUUUCGUACUGUUCGGGAGUAACGUGCACAAAUGGAAAGACACCUUAAUCAAAGCCACUCCCGAGAACUUGGCAGAAGCAAGACGUUAUGUUCAGCAGAUUGAUAUAGCUGGAUGGACAAAUCUUAAUGGUGGCUUAAUGGCCGGUAUUGAACUGCUGAAUGAGGCUCACAAAAAUGGUUCUUUGCCUGAAAGAAGUGCUUCCUUAAUUAUUAUGUUAACAGAUGGCAGACCCAUUAAAGGAGAAUUAAACACAGACACAAUUUUACAAAAUGUUAGAAAUGCAAUUCAAGGAAAGUAUCCUUUAUAUAAUCUGGGGUUUGGCUAUGAUCUGGACUAUGGAUCUUUAGAAAAGAUGGCAUCAAACAACGAUGGGUUGGCUCGGCGUAUCUUUGAAGAUUCUGAUUCUGCUCUGCAGCUGCAGGGCUUUUAUGAUGAAGUGGCCAAUCCUUUACUUACUGAAGUGGAGUUACACUACCCUGAAAAUGCCAUCUCUGAUCUGACUCAAAAUCAUUUUAAACACUAUUAUGACGGUUCUGAAAUUGUUGUGGCUGGACGCAUCAUAGACGAUGUUCUCAACAGUAUUACUGCAGAUGUGAAAGCUCAUGGGGCUGAAGAUGACCUAACUUUCUCUGAACAAUCAGAUAUUAAUCAAACAGCCAAAGCUUUUGAAGAUCAGAAGUACAUAUUUGGGACUUACAUUGAAAGACUUUGGGCUUACUUAACCGUUCAACAGCUUUUGGAAAAACGGAAUUCAGCGAAGGGCGAUGAGAAGACUAAUCUUACUGCCAAAGUCCUGGAGAUGUCUCUGAAGUAUAAGUUUGUGACUCCUCUGACAUCCAUGGUGGUCACAAAACCAGAAGACAAUAUUGAUAAAGCUGCAAUUGCUGACAAGCCACUAGAAGGUACCCAUAAAGGACAUAAUGACCCAUUUCUCUCUACAGUUGAUGGAGAUCCACAUUUCAUCAUAGACAUCCCACAAAAAGAUGAUCAUCUUUGCUUUAACAUUUAUGAAGAUCCAGGGAAAAUUUUAAACCUAAUCAGAGACCCUAGUACAGGCAUUACUGUCAAUGGACAGCUGAUCGGAAAUAACCAGAGCAGGAAUGAUGUCCAGCCACAGAACAGUUAUAUCGGGAGACUUGGGAUUCUCAAUGAAGAACUGAAUAUAAAGCUUGAAGUAACUCCUGAGAAAAUCAUUCUACACAAUGGCACAAAGCAGAUGACAUUCACAUGGUUGGAUGAAGUUACCUUACUACAUCCCACUCUGACCUUGAAAAUUAUCCGAAAGAAGAGUCUGGAAGUCUCUAUGGGAGAAGGAGCAACAUUUGUAAUAAUUUUGCAUCAAGCUUGGAGGAGGCAUCCAAAACCUAGAGAUUUUCUAGGGUUCUAUGCACUGGAUAGCCACAGACUGUCUGAAAAUACCCAUGGUUUAUUAGGUCAGUUUUUUCACCCAAUUAAUUUUACCAUACUUGAGGUCCAUCCUGGAUCUACUCCAGAAAAACCAGAUGCUACCAUGAUUGUUAAAAAUCACCAGCUGACAGUCACCAGGGGAUGGCAAAAAGACUACACUGAAGAUUCAAAGCAUGGCACAGAUGUUCCUUGUUGGUUUAUUCACAAUAAUGCAGAAGGUCUGAUUGAUGGCACAUAUACUGACUAUAUAGUCUCUAGUCUGUUUUAAUCAAACAGAUCUAAUUAUGGUUAUGGCCUUUUGAAACAAUAAAAUAUUAUUAUUCCAUGGCAUUUGUGCCUAAUCUGCAAAAUCAUAAUAAAUUAUAAUUUCUUCUCUAUAGUGAAAUACUCAGUGGUGGGAUUCAAGUAAUUUAACAACCGGUUCUCUGCCCUAAUGAUUUCUUCCAACAACCGGUUUGCCAAACUGUUCAGAAAGUUAACAACCGGUUCUCCCAAAGUGGUGCGAACUGGCUGAAUCCCACCACUGGAAAUACUCCUAUACCGUAUGCUUAACCAAAAAGAAUCACAAUCACCAGUUUUAUUACAGGGCAAGUCUCUUUUUAAUAUUAGCUCUGAUAAUUUCCUCUCUAUACUUAAAUGAAACAAAAUAUAACAUUGUUAGAAAGAAGUAUUUACCUUAUGUUAAAAACCUUAUAAAAUCUUGGAAAAUGUUAUAUAAUUUUCAACUGAUAUUAAAAUUUGUGCUUCAA